AUGGCUUCCGACUUUGAUUACGUGAAGAAGAUGACCCCCGAGGGCUAUGUGUUUCCGUCUCAUAGGCUGCGCCGAACUUGCGAUCCCGACAAAACUCCGUUGGUUUUGGUUGCUUGUGGUUCAUUCUCUCCCAUCACAUUUCUCCAUCUGCGCAUGUUUCCCAUGGCGCGCGACCAUGCUCGCGGUGAAGGACUUGAUGUCAUUGGAGGAUAUCUCUCACCAGUGUCAGACGCCUAUAAGAAAAAAGGUCUCGCUCCCGCGCACCACCGUAUCCGGAUGUGCGAGCUUGCCGCCGAGAACUCGUCCAAGUGGUUAAUGGUAGACCCGUGGGAGGCUGAAAGCCCAAUAUAUAUCCCUACCGCCCGGGUGCUGGACCAUUUUGACUACGAGAUUAACCACGUCAUGGGAGGCAUUGAAUGCACCGACGGUACUCGCAAACCGGCCAAGAUAGUCUUACUCGCAGGGGCGGACCUAAUCCAGAGUUUCGGAUCCCCUACCUGGGAUUCGAAAGACGUGGACCACAUCUUGGGCAAUUUUGGAGCAUUUGUCCUCGAACGGACCGGAACCGAGCUUGACUCGGCGCUGGCAGCUUUGAAGAAAUGGGAGAAAAACAUCCAUAUUAUUCGACAGGUUGUAUCGAACGACAUUAGCUCCACCAAAGUUCGAUUACUUUUACGUCGGUCAAUGUCCAUUGAUUACUUAAUUCCUGACGACGUCAUCAACUACAUAUACGAGCAUAAUUUAGACCUCGCCCAACCAAGCGAAGGGAAGAACCAGGCCACCGCGGGAACUUCUACCAGCUAA